AUGGCGGGAAAGCCGAACCCCGCCGACAUUCUCACGGCGGACUUCGCCGGGAUGACCAAGAACCAGCUCUAUGACAUCAUGUCUCAGAUGAAGACGUUGAUAGAGCAGAACAGACAGCAAGCAAGGGAUAUCCUCAUUCAGAACCCUCUGUUGACGAAGGCACUUUUCCAGGCUCAAAUUAUGCUGGGAAUGGUCCAACCUCCUCCAGUGGUUCCUGUGAUCCCGGCAACGACAUCACAGAAGCCUCAGCAAUCAGCACCACCCACUCAGAUGUCAAACAUUUCGACUUCACAGCAAGGACAAAUGUGCCAGCAGGGGCAACAAGCUGGAUCAAACAUGCAGCAUCAGAUGAGAAAGCAACACCAGAAUCAGCCUGCAGUAGUGCCCAUAGCUUCUUCCUCUUCUGCUCCACCUAUAAAUCUUCCAUCCCAAACCUUGCCUUUGCACACCUUACAGACCCCACAGCAGUCGAAAGGACAUGUUAAUCCUCAAAUGCCAGGGCUGCAAUCUUCUCAGAUUCCUAACUUACCUCCACAGCCACCCCAACUUCAUCAACCCCAAUUGGCUACUGGUCAGCUGCAACAAUCAUUGCAGACAAGUGGUGGAAUCCCGCACAUGGCACUGCAACCACCGAUGCCACCCCAGCCUAGACCUCCGCCGCCACAUUCUAUGCCGGGUUACAAUCAUCAAUAUCAACAACAGAUGGGAUCCAGUAUGGGCUUCCAACAUGGUGGCAGUCAUCAACAUCCUUCACAACCCAUGUUUCAUUCAGGUAAUAGAACUCAAAAUCCAGCAGUGCCAUCAUAUUCCCCGGGACAGCAGCAACCUAUUCCAGGCCAACCGCCACCACCUCCUCCUCAAUCCCUAUAUCAGGGUGGAGGAGGUUCACACAUGACGGGGGAGUUCAACAAUCAGGGUGGAAGCUCAAUGCAAGUAGAUCGAGGAUCUGGUUGGAUGUCUGGGCCUCCAGAUAGCUCAUCCGCAGCACAGGUUCCUGGCAAUCAAGCAGCUCGUGCUGCCCCGUUGACCCCUGAUAUGGAGAAGGCACUACUUCAACAGGUAAUGAGCCUGACACCGGAACAGAUCAAUCUCCUGCCCCCUGAGCAAAGGAGUCAAGUGCUUCAGCUGCAACAGAUGCUCCGCCAAUGA